AUGCCGCCGAGGGGAAUGAUGCUAGAGAUGGACGACGUGGACAGCGACAACUCGGUGUCCAUGACAUGGGAGAUUGAUCCUGCCAGUGGCACAAUGCGUCACAAGAAGACGGGAACUAAAGUCUCCACUGAUUCCGGCAUCACGUAUGAAGGCCAGGAGUACCGCCUCUCACCGGAGGAUAUCGACCUGGAUUUCGACUCUCAUCUCGGAGCUGGGGCCUGCGGCGUCGUCAUGAAGGGUGUCAUCAAGCACUCCGGAAUUCCCGUGGCGGUAAAAACGGUGAAGGUCGACGACAAGGCCAAGCGCGAGCAGCUUCUCAAUGAAAUCCGUGGUCUCAUUGCAGCGGAUGGUUGCAUCAACCUAGUCCACUGGUACGCAGGCUUCAUGUCCAAGAGCACGAGCGUCGUACAUGUCGCUCUGGAGUUUAUGGACUUGGGCAGUCUUGCUGACCUCAAGAAGCGCCUGGGUGGUAGCGGAGUUCCCCCGUUCUACCUCUCCAACAUCACGUACCAGAUCAUGAAUGGCUUAGACUACCUACACAAGAAGAAGAUGCUGCACCGCGACAUCAAGCCGGAGAACAUCCUUCACAACAGAAGCGGCUUCGUCAAGCUCACCGAUUUCGGCAUUGCCAAGGACCUUGACAAGACUCUGGCCAUGGCUGGAACCUUCGUCGGCACGGUGACCUACAUGUCGCCAGAGCGCUGCUUAGGCCAGGACUAUUCCUUCGCUUCGGAUAUUUGGAGUGUAGGGAUGGUGAUUUACGAGCUCAGUACGGGAAGAUAUCCGUUUGCGGACAUCGGAUCCUUCCCCGUCCUCUUCGACCACUUGUGCGAGAAGCCGGAGCCCAGGCUGACGCCCGACUUUCCUCCGGAGCUUGUUGAGUUUGAUGCGCUGUGCCUCACGCGUGACGUGGCGAGACGCGCCGAUACCGAGUACUUGCUUGCGCAUCCGUUCGUUACACAGAAUGUGCCUGAUGUGGAUCAGUUGGCUGCCUGGCUGGCAACCUUCUGCUGA